AAUUUCUCUUUCCUUAUUCAUAAAUGAAUCUCUAUCUUCUUCCUCUUUACGCCUCUUUCGUUAUCUGGUCAUGGUUGUUUGCGACUUCUGGGAGCUCAGUCUCGCUCAGAGUCAGAGAAAAACACCCAAAUCAAAUAUUAUCAUGGAGCCCAGCUUGGAUUUGAGACUGGGCUUUGUCCCCAAACCCCUUUCCCUGUUUUUCGGCGACGUUUCUGGGAACAGAGACAAGUGCGACAAAGUGGUCACACUCGAUGGCUUCGUGCAGAGAUUGGAGGAAGAGUUGACAAAGGUCGAGGCUUUCAAACGCGAGCUUCCUCUCUGCAUUCUCCUCCUAAACGAUGCUAUAGCGAGAUUGAAGGAGGAAAAAGUGAAGUGUUCGGGAAUGCAAGAUCCGCCUCUUAAAACCAGUUCAGGAGGAAAUGAAAAUGAAAACUCUGAGAAGAAGAAUUGGAUGAGUUCAGCACAGCUUUGGAGCACUCAGAAAUCCAAAUCGAGGAAUGAGGAAGAUGAUAGGUCUGUGCCAGCGAGCUCAAUUAAUGGGAAUUCGUGUGUCCCCGAGAAGGAGGGCUCGCAAGUUCCGAGCUUUGGUUUGAUGGCUCGUGCUUCUGAACUGAGUCAUAGCAAUUCCAAGAGUGUUGGUGGAGAUACUAGUUCUGGCUCCUCUUUGCUCCGUGUUGAGGUACAGAGUCAGCCACAGCCGCCGCAGCAUAUGCAGCAGAAUCCGAGGAAACAACGGCGGUGCUGGUCGCCGGAGCUUCACCGGCGCUUUGUGGACGCCCUUCAACAACUUGGUGGAGCACAAGUGGCCACUCCUAAACAGAUUAGAGAACUGAUGCAGGUGGAAGGCCUUACAAAUGAUGAAGUGAAAAGUCAUUUGCAAAAGUACAGGCUUCAUGUUAGGAGAUUCCCAGUUUUUUCAAUUGGCCAGGUUGAUAAUGGCUCAUGGAUGACACAGGAUGAAUGUGGGGAUAAAUCAAAGGGAAACAUGUCACAGUCUGGUUCUCCACAAGGUCCUCUCACACCUCUGCUCCUAGGAGGAGCAGGAUCCGCUAAGGGUCUCUCAAGCCCUGGACGGAACAGUGUGGAUGCAGAAGAUGAGCAAUCAUCAGAUUGCCGGAAUUGGAAAGGAGGGCUCCACCACCAGCAGCUUGAAACUGAUAAUCACAGCCUCUAAAAUUUUGCAGAUAAAUGAUAAUACAAUACAUAAAAUGAUGAGGAGUUGAAGACCCAGAAUUUGACAACAUAAGAAUAAUAGAGAUCUAACACAUAAAAGAACUAUAGGGAUCAAGUUUAUGCUACCAGUAUUUUAAACUGUUUGGUAGAGAGCAACUGAGGUUUUGCAGAUUUUUCAAGGUUUCUUCUUUUCUAUUUUUAAACUCAGUAUAGUUGUAUGGAGCUUAAAUUUUACUGGGCAAUUUUCAUAGAUCAAUCCUCAAUUAUGCCAUGUGCUUUAAUUUGUGGUUGGGUUUGGCUUUUGGAUGUUGAAUUUUAUGCAAAAUGCCACAAAGGUUUAUUUCAGGA